UUCAGGCCAAUCAGGGGUGAUAGCGUGAUUGAGGAUGAACGCCACCGGGAAGUCUCCGCCUAGCUUCGCUGAGGUCCGUGCGAGACUAGUAACCAGCGUGAACACACCCCUUCCAAAUUGUCUUCAUCAGCAAUCAGACCUCAUUGCGUGGGGCUUUAAUCCCUGGCUGAAAUGGCAUUCAGCGAGUACACUUAUAGAGCUGUGCAUCUGUAUGAUGAAUGGCUCAAAGAUGCCGGUCAACCCUAGGUUGGACGGCUGGUUUCUCAUGUCGUCCCCGUUUCCACAAACGGUCAUCCUUCUUUCCUACAUCUACUUCGUCAAAUCACUGGGGCCUAGGUUGAUGGAGAACCGCAAGCCCUUUAACUUGAGGCCGAUCCUCAUUGUCUACAACUUCAGCUCAGUGGCACUGUCCGUUUACAUGAGUUAUGAGUUUGUCAUGUCGGGAUGGGGGACAGGAUACAGCUUCAAAUGUGACCCCGUGGACUAUUCCCACUCUCCACAGGCUAUGAGGAUGGUUCAAACCUGCUGGCUGUACUAUUUCUCCAAGUUCACUGAACUGCUGGAUACAAUUUUCUUUGUUUUGCGUAAAAAGAACAACCAGAUCACCUUCCUCCACGUGUACCAUCACGCCAUCAUGCCUUUCACCUGGUGGUUUGGUGUAAAGUUUGCUCCAGGCGGAAUCGGAACCUUCCACGGCCUUCUGAACUGCAUUGUCCAUGUCAUCAUGUACACCUACUACGGCCUGUCAGCCUUGGGGCCUUCUUUCCAAAAAUUCCUCUGGUGGAAGAAGCAUCUCACAUCAAUUCAGCUGAUCCAGUUUGUCAUAGUCACCUGUCACAGUAGUCAGUAUUUCUUCAUGGAGGACUGCGGCUACCAGUACCCCAUCUUUGUGUACAUCGUCGCCCUCUAUGGCAUGGUCUUUCUGCUGCUCUUCCUCAACUUCUGGUACCACGCUUACACCAAGGGCAAGAGGCUCCCCAAAGUGCUGCGGGCCAAGGGGCCCGACCCCAAUGGAAAUGGGGUGCUCUAUAACAAAGAUGAGUAGAGGCUUGACCGGACGGCAUCUACACGCUGACAAUCGCUUGAAUCUCCCGAGACUCUCUUUGGUUAACCUGGUGAAGAAUGUUGGUUUAGAAGUACCCAUGCAAUGCUGUUGUCGUUGGGGCAUUUGUCUUAUUUUGUUCUUUCCUUCCCUCGUUAGAACAUCUCAUAAAGGGACUUUUUAUGCCAUGGUAGCAUUCUACAAGCCUUUCUUCUACAAGCAAUUUUUACAUAUCCAAUCCAAGAUAUUUUAAUGUUUUUUGUAUAUUUUGUUGUAAACUUUUUUUUUUGUAUAUCCUAGCCAUCAGAGUUAAGCAGUUUAGCAUGUUAAUACCACUGAAACGGAAUGAUGCUUUUUUAAAAAGGAAAUGCUAAAUGUUUACAGAUGUUGUUCUACUGCUCUUUAAUUUAUCUGACUCCCAUGAUAUCUUUGUGCUCAAUAGAGAAUCAAACCUGGCCCACUCUGUCACAACAGGACUAGUUAGCAUCCACCCCAUCUCUCUUAUGAAUACUCAAAGAAACCAUCACUUGAGGUUUCCUGUUUCUCCAAAGAUGUAAUGUUGCGUCAAGAGAUAGGGAAGGGGCUUGUAGCUGUCCAGCCCAGCAAAGGCUCCAGACUUGUACCAGUUGUGGUCCUCAGGACUGUAAUGUCCUUGGUUUGGCUUUGGACCUCUCCCCAUGACAUGUUUACCGAGUGUCUCUUAAGGACAAAUAAACACCGGUGUUAAAUGAUGGGAGAGUAUGAAAACUUGGCACAUCUUCUCUAAGGAAUAUUCUAGGUGAGGUGUUCUUGGUUUUCUCUGCCUGUCAGGAUGGCUUUUUUUAUAUAUAUAUAAAUAUAACAGAAUUGAAUGUAAAAAACAAAUGUUUUACGUAUAUUUAUAAUGUCCAAAUAAAUGCUGUUAUCACUGUUA